AUGUCAGUUGAAGGCCCUCCUGAUAAUGUUUGUCAAGUAGCACCAUCAGAUGGCUCAGUUAUAAAACAGGAAGAUAGUCAGGUGUAUUUCAGUACUCUACAGCCAUCUAGUGUGGACCAAGGAAAGCAGGAAAGUGUUCCAGAUCAAGACACUAUUCAGACCCAGACGGGGGAUACUCCAUGUGAUCCUACUAGGGGAAUUGAAAGCCUUUCCAGCAAUGUGGACCCUGCCAUUGAACAAGUUGACAUUUUGUCUGAUGCUAAACAUCCUUCAAAAAAGAAAUCUGGUAAACGCAGAAAAACUCAAGACAGAGGUCCAAGACUUACUGUAUUAAGUGUUGAGUGUAGUGUUGUUGAAUGUCUUUUGGAAUCUGUAAAAAAAACAGUGACAUUCAAAUUUGACAUUGGAGAUGUUGUUCCUGAAGAAAUAUCUAACAACUUAGAUGUUCAAUCUGUGUCAAGAUUUAAAGUCAGCCCUGUUGAAGAAUCCUGUCCCUUACUUGGUUCUGCUGGCAUUCCUUUAGCAGUUGGUGGUCAAGAAGUUCAGGGAGAUUAUCCAACAAAUCAAAUGAACCAGACAGGAAAAAUGGCAGAUGUUGGUGACUACCAGCUGGGACCUGAUACAAAAUCUUUACAAUUCCAACACACUCUUUCUGAAAGUACAAGAUCCAAUGAAGACAGUACCUUGGGGGCAAGCUCUUCAGCUUAUGGUGGAGUAGGAACAAGUAGCUUGGUAGGGCAGGCAGAUCAUAGCACAAUUAGCAGCAGCAGUGCUAUCACUCACCAAUCACAGAACCUGCCUCAUGUGCCAGAUUUGAGUAGUCUGCAGCAGAAACUGGCCGAGUUAACUUCUGCAGCUUAUAGUAGUUCUGGAAUACCUAGUGUCUCUGAUACCAUCCUACCAUCAACAGUGAUUAAUGAUAUAGAUGGGCAGACUGUCUUACCUCAACAUCAGCAACAAGGAGGACCUAAGACAGCACCUGUCACAUGUAUUGAAUGCACCCAAAUUGCUUCUGAAGGAUUAUUCAGAAAAGAUUCAGCUGGCUCUCCAUGUCACAUCCAGAAACCACUAAUUACCAAUGGUAUGCCAAGGGAAGAAAAUGUGUUGUGCACUUCAGAAGCAUUGAAACAGUCUGGGGUACCAAUAUCUGAACUAGUAGAUUUUGAAGAAUGCAGCUCUACAGAAGUACAACAGACUAUACAGCUUAGUGAGGUUCAGACUCCUGCUUGUGAAAGUUUUAUGACUAAUGGUCAAAUUGUCCCUUAUUCUGCUGCCAGUUGGCUUCCACAACCAACAGUUAUUCCUCACUCUGUUGUUCCCAUCAGCCAGAUUCCACAAACAUCAGUUGUCCCUCACACCACUGUUACUAGUGCUCAAUUUCCACAUCUGCAACCAACACUUGUCUCUCAAUCUGCUGACAGCACCUGCCAACUUUCCCAAUCAGCAGUUGUCCCCCAAUCUGUUGAUGGCACCCGUCAACUUUCCCAACCAGCAGUUGUCCCCCAAUCUGUUGAUGGCACCAGCCAACUUUCCAAACCAGCAGUCGUCCCCCAGCCUGUUGACGGCACCAGCCAACUUUCCAAACCAGCAGUCGUCCCCCAGCCUGUUGACGGCACCAGCCAACUUUCCCAACCAACAGCUGUCCCCCAGCCUGUUGACGGCACCAGCCAACUUUCCCAACCAACAGCUGUCCCCCAACCUGUUGACAGCACCCACCGGUUUUCGCAACCAACAGCUGUCCCCCAACCUGUUGACAGCACCCGCCGGUUUUCGCAACCAACAGUUAUUCCCCAAUCUGCUGACAGCACACGUAGACUUUCACAACCAGCAGUUAUCCCCCAAUCUGCUCUCAUCAAUCAGAAUCUCCAAUUGCUAACUAUGUCUUACCCGAAUGUUUCUGCCAGUCAAGUUACACAGUCUGUAAUUGUCCCUCAUUCUACUACUACAAAUCAACUACCACAACUCAAUUUUAAUAAACAAGCUGCUCUUACCACAAGCUAUGUUAAUAAUCAUAUAACUCAACCUUUAGUUGCUCUUCAAUCUGUUACCAAUCACUGUAAAAGUAAUCUAGUUGUACCCACAGCUGUUACUACAGUUGAUAAUUUCCAAAGUCAGCAGGUAAAACCACCAGUUGUUUCUCAACCUAUAUCAUCGAACAAUCAACAUGGAAGCUAUCUGAGACAACCAACAGUUUUACAGGCUACUUCUACUAGUGGACCUGGAAGUCGGCCAUCUCAGCUACAAGCUGUUACUCAACCUGGUACUUUCUCAGUUGAAUCUCUAGAACAGCUUGCGGAACAAGUUUCUGCUAAACUAUCAACUAUUACUCAGACAAAAGUAGUUCCUGAGUAUACUAGUGUCACAAGUAAAGUGACACACCAAGAGUCUCUAACUUUAUCAACUGUAGAUCCUUGUCACUUUACAGAUAAACAAAUGACUUUUCAUAAGUCUGAUAUUAAAAUUAAUCAAAUAGAUUAUUCAGCUACUCAAGCAUCUGAUCACUUGUCUUUGACCUCUGGUAACUUAACACAGUCAGCUGUUACAUCAGUUAAACCUACUAAACAUCAACAAAUAACUUUACCCAGUUUACUACCUACUUCCUCAAGCAUUUCACAGAUUACUAAACCUAAUAAAGUACCUGUAGCAGAAUCUUUUUGUGUUGGUCAGGCAAUCCACAACUGUUUUGUCUCGGGUGUUGUAACUCUUACUCAAUCAGUUGGAGUUCCAGUGAUGGCACCUUCUUUCUCAACUGUGUACCAAACAGCUCCUGAUUCACAUGAUUAUAUAUCUAGUUCAGAUUCUCUGCUAGAAAUUGAAAAAUCGGGACACUCCACAAUUGAGAAAAGUGCUGUUUCACACAUAGCAGUAUGUAAAGAGAAAAUGCAAUCCUUAAUUUCUCAUCAAUCUGUGUCAUCUGUAGACUCCACAUGUGCAACUACAAUAUUGUCACAGGCUCCUUCGUAUACUGUUGAAACAGCGAGUGCAUUAUCAGUAGGGACAGUAUCUGUCAGUUCUAAACUUCCAUUAAUGUCUUCCAAUGCAGAUAUUUCAAUGUCUCGUAAACAAAGUGUUGCAACAAACUUGGAGGACCUUAAGCUGGAGUUACAGAAACUGCACAGUGUAACCAAUGCUUCUGCUGGUUUAACAGCGAAUAUUGAACAAGGUUUACAAGCUAUUUUUGCACAGACUGUUCCAGCACAAACCAUUACCACUCCAGCUCAUCCUCAGCCCCAGGUGUUACCUGGACCCCAGCAGACUUCUAUUCCUGUUACAUUAAUAUCCCAAUCGCAGCCUCGCCUUCCUUUAUCUGCCUUUCAUGGUCAUCACUUUACACCAAUCCAAUCCCAAGUUCAAUCUCCUACUGAAAUUGUUUCUUCAGCUGGUACCGGUGUGUCUCAUGUUGGUGAAAUUCCACAUCGGCAUUUCUUUUCUCAACCUGCUACUCCCUUUGUAAGCAGUGUAGCAUUACCAUCUGUGCAACUUAGUGCACUUUCUACAACUGCCUCAAGUACUCGUACUGUUUCUAGCCAGAUCCCGUUACAUUCUGUUUGUUCAAAUGUGCUAAAAACAGAUUCUGUAUCCAUAUUGCUUCCAAAAUCAGAGCCACUAGUGACAAAUAUAAUUCCUGAACAGUCUAGAAUUUCUACUACCACUACUCUGUAUCCUAAUGUUUCCACUGCUACAGAAUCUAGAAAUACAGAUGUUGGUGUUUUGGCUUUUUCUGGCUCAUCAUCUGUGUCUAAUACCAAUGAAUUUUCAUCGCUAGUGCAACUUACCAGCCUGCCUUUGAAUCUUUUACCAGAGAAUUCAGUUUCACAACAAACUGAUGGUCAACAACUCAUAAAGACAACAAAACAGCAGACCACCCAACUUUCACGAUUCCUGGUGACUCCAGUGAUAGAAAAUCUUCCUGAUAAAGCUGGUAGUGUUUGUGAUGAUAACCAGUUUUCUACAAUAGAAAUGAAAACAUUUUCAAAUGGUGAAGAAUUGACAAUUAAUACUACAGAGAGAAGUAAAAUACAAGUCCUGGAGUCUAAACUCCAAGGUGAUAGCUGUACUAUCAGUGUCUCUGAACCAGUAACUCAUUAUGGUCGUUUCAAAGUAAAGCCAGUAGCGUGUGAUGAAUACUUGUCUCUUCCUUCCAAUAUAUCAACUCAGAGUAUUGAUGAGAGACCCAUUGUUGAAGGGAUAAGUUUUAAACCCCUGUCAGUAGGAGUACCCAUUCAAGAUGGAAGUAGCCAGACUAGUUCAGAGGACCUCGAGAGCAGAGGAUAUGAAAACCUUCCAGAAACAAAAUUCCCUUCAAUUCGGGCUCAUUCCCCAGUCAUACAUCGUUCCCAGAGUGACCCAGCACAUUCCAGAGAUUUUCCCCAUCUUGCAGUUCCCUCUAAUUUAACAGAAAGAGUUUUAGAAAAUUUAAAUUUGAAACAAGUUGUUGUUUUAGAAGGUUCUUCAGAAACUUUGUCAGCCAUUCCUUAUAGAUCUAUUACAUCAAGUACUGAACAGUUAGCUUGUGACUCUCCUGGUUCUGAUAACAGUACUGCACGCCCCCUAGGUGGCUAUGCCACCUUUCCUUCUACUGAACUAGUAUACAACUUGAAACACUGUCCCACUGGAGAUAAUGUUCCUAGAACUUUAGAAAUGGCUCUUGCCAAGAUAAUGGGAAUUACCAGGAGUGAUCAUCCACAACUUUAUAACUUGCCUUCUAACCUACAGAGUGAAGGUCAUGAACCUUCACUGUUUCAAAGAAAAAAUGAAAUCUCUACUCGGCUAAUGUCUUACCCUUUCACUCAUGAGGACCACCUUUUUCAAAAUGAGUUGGUACCAAUCACUCCAGUUUCAUUAAUCUUAAGAGAUGCUCAAACCCAAACUGAAAAGGUCUCUUGUAGAAAUAUUGGUAUAAAUGCUUCACAAAGGCAAAGAGUCUUAGAAUCUACUAACUUGUAUAGAACUAAAACUGAAACAUCCUUAAAUUAUCUGGAAUAUAGUAGAGUCCCAAAUGUUACAAUUUUAGAGCCUGUAAGUUCUUUUCACACCUCUUCUUAUAGCCUUGAUAAAAAAUUAGAACACAAACUUUUGUCAGAUUUAUCCAAGUCAUCAAGAAACCACAUGUCAUCUCAAGUUUGCAAAACAAACUUGAACCUUGGAUGCUGUAUGCCAUUUGGACAGAUUUUGGAUACAUUGGAUGAUGAUGAAAAGCAGGAUUCUGAUUUUGAAGAUGAUGAACUGAGUGGUGAAUAUUUGAAGAUUUUGAAAAGACAAAAAAGAGAAAGAGAAGAGUUGAAGCAACGACAUCAACUUGAGUUAGCUGCUUUUAAACGUCAUAAAAGCAGUGUUCCAAAUACAGAUGGUUUCCGACAUAAUGAGUGUGCUACACCAACAUCUUGCUUGGAUUCAAACCAGCAGAAUGGUGUAGAUUAUGCUGGUAGAUCAAUCCCUGAAGGUGGUCAAGUAAAACCACACUUUUACAACACCCAUAGAUUUUCACCAAAGCCCAAAGAGCUUUCUUUGAGUUCAUCAUCAGGAUCCUUCCAUUCUGCUGGAAGCUCACCAGUAGAACCAUACCAACCACAUUUCCAGAUUUCCAACAGUAAAAGUGCUCCAGUACCAAUAAUGAACACUAAGAGAAACUUUAGUUUGUUCGGUUCUGGCAGUGCACCCUCCUGCUUUAGACACUGUUUGCAAAAAAAUCCAUCCUUAGAAUUCUUGCAGUAUUCCCAUCUUGUGAAUCAACCAGAAGAAAACCUAAGUUAUUCAUCAUCCAAUACCUCAUCUGGAAACUUAGAAAGUCUUUCUUGAAAUCCUUAAUGUGCUCAGAUUAUUAGCUUAUAUUCUAGUUGCAGUAGCAUAGAACCAAAGAUGACCUAGAAUCAGAUGAAGUAGGAAAUGGGAAGUAGUGGAAACACACCUCAUCAUCUAGUAAAGCACAUCUACACCAGUACAGAAUAUUACUUCCUCCUUCCUAGGUGACUAUCAUGAAUUCUAACCAAUAUUUGGAAUUGCUACUACCAAACAUUCUUUGCCUUUAGCUUCAUCACAUGCUUCAUUCAUCUCGUGUAGUAAGGUUGUCAGUACUCCUCGUUAUUAAAAGCAUGACAAGACUGGUGAUAUACGAGAUAUGAAAAAUCUGUGCCUUUUGUUACAUUGAAAUUAAUUUUGAGGGUCACUUUAAAUAUGACAAUAGCUUGUAAUUGCUGUGGUACUGUUUGUUGCUUGGCUUUUCUAAUAAUAGGUUUAAAGCUUAGUGUUUGCUUUGAUAUGGUUGUAGCUUUUGCAGUGUUUUGAAAGUUACAAGAUGAUAGAGAAAAGUGCUGUUAGUCUGGAAUUAUUACAACAAUUUUGGCCAGAUGAGAAGCUAGUUGAAGAGUGAAUAAAAAUAACUUUUAUUGACGUAGGACUACUUACUUACUAUAUAUUUCUAAUAAAACUGACAUAAGCUCUGGGUCUUUGUAAUCUAUUUUAUAUUACUUUUUUUAAAGGGCAACUUGCUUGUUUUUAAAUGAAAGAACUGUGAACACUGAGAAACUAAGCACAAAGUUACAUGAUUGCUAGCAUAUAAUUUAAGAUUUGUGAAAUUUAAAAUAGUGUUACUGAAAAGAUGAAAGCUAUUUUUCAAAUGUUCAUUCUGUAAACUUGUAAUCAAAAUUACACCAGUAUUAAAGUAGAAGUUCCAAUAUUUUCAUUUUUUGCAAUAAUUACUAAUGUCUUGUGUAUGAAUUUGUUCUUAUGAACUAUUACUAAAAUGGUUAUUUUAUCAAAUGUAAUUUGUUCUUAUAUUUAAUGAACCUUAUUUACUUUUUUUUUUUUAUAAGUUGGAUGACAUUUGGCUAAAAAAGGUAGGUGUUAUAGUACUGAAGGUUACAUGCAUUUAGGAACUUAAAUAUCUAUGUGGAGGUUGCUUCUACAGGGUUUGAAGCUUUUUAGGUUUAUAUUGUAAUACUUGAUAGCUGGAAAACUAACGCUUUUUGGAAUUUGAAGGUCAUCUUGCACCAAACGUCAUAUGGAGGUGAUGGUUCUUACAAGAUAAAACCUUGUUAGUGCACUAGAGGAAGAGUAUAGCAAACCUAUACAUAUAUAUAUAUAUAUAUAUAUA